CGCCUAUGAGUCCGUUCUACCAGCUGGGGCAAUUCUCAGCGCCCCUGUCAGUCUCUUUGUUCCUCCUUGUUCCAGCUGCCGUCCACUCCGUCCUGAGUUGCUGUGGCAGACUCCUCCAGGGUCUUUACCCGAAUAUACCCAUCAACCCCACGAUUACUGCAGGAGUUACCGUCACCUCUCGGAACCACGCCUCGGCCCAGCUGCCGGGCCUGACGAGAGAAUCUGACGCUUUUUUCGGGCCAAAGGUGUGAUCCUGCCAGCCUUCCCAGUAACUACUCUGCCCUCCGGGCUUUUUGUCACCCGAUCAGGCGCCGCUCCCCUGGACCAAUCUCCCUGAUCUGGUCAACUGCUGGUCUACAGCUUCCGGGGCGCUGUUUCAAGGUGUAAAGGUCCUUCUAGCCUGAGGGAUCUCACGCCUGCCAAGCUCCCCACCGACCUCCACAGUACUUUACCUGCCCCUGAGAGGACCGCAUCAGAGAAGAGAGAAUGGCUGUGAGCCACCUGCCAACCAUGGCCCGGGACUUGGUGACCUUCAGGGAUGUGGCUGUGCUCUUCACCCAGGAGGAGUGGGGGCAGCUGAGCCCUCUGCAGAGGGCCCUGUACAGGGACGUGAUGCUGGAGAACUACAGCAACCUGGUCUCACUCGGACUCUUAGGACCGAAAGCCGAUACGUUUUCUCAGCUGGGAAAAGGAGAAGAAUGGAUGCCGGUGGCCACGCCGGGAGCCUUCUGUCUUGACUGGAUGACUAACACUGUGAGUAAGAAAUCCAUUCUGCAGGCAGAUAUUUCUAAAGAAGAGUUUGGUCUGUGGACAGGAAAGGAAGGGCCGACCAGAGACGAUCCCUGGAAGAGUGCCAAUCUGUUGCAGUGGCAGUGCUGGGACGGUCAGGAGAGGAACUGGCAGCAAGCGGCCUCCACUCCUCUGGACACCUCACCAGGAGGCGGGGCACAGCAGGGCCAUGAGUCUGGGAAGGGCUGCCCCGGGAGCUCCUCAGUCGUUCGGAGCCAGGGAUUGCAGCCAAACAAGAAAGCCUUUGAAUGUUACGAGUGCAGGAAAGUCUUCUCUAAGAGUUCCACCCUUAGCAAGCAUCAGAAAACCCAUACUGAAAAAUUUAACAGAACUCAGAAAACGUAUAUGAAAGAGAAGCGGUAUGAAUGUCGAGAAUGUGGCAAAGCCUUUCACCAGAGCACGCACCUCAUCCAUCACCAAAGAAUCCACACAGGGGAGAAACCGUAUGAAUGUAAGGAAUGUGGCAAGGCCUUCUCAGUGAGCUCCUCACUGACUUACCAUCGGAAAAUCCAUACUGGAGAGAAGCCUUUUGAGUGCAACUUGUGUGGGAAAGCCUUCAUCCGGAACAUACAUCUUUCCCACCACCACAGAAUACAUACUGGAGAGAAACCGUUUAAAUGCAACAUUUGUGAAAAAGCCUUUGUAUGCAGGGCACAUCUUACCAAACACCAGAAUAUUCAUAGUGGCGAGAAACCCUAUAAAUGUAAUGAAUGUGGGAAAGCUUUCAACCAGAGUACAAGUUUUCUUCAGCAUCAGAGAAUCCACACUGGAGAGAAACCCUUUGAAUGCAAUGAAUGUGGAAAGGCCUUCAGGGUAAACUCUUCCCUUACCGAACAUCAAAGAAUUCACACUGGAGAGAAACCUUAUAAAUGUAGCGAAUGUGGAAAAGCUUUCAGGGAUAAUUCAUCUUUUGCGCGCCAUCGGAAAAUUCACACUGGAGAGAAACCCUACAGAUGUGGCUUGUGUGAGAAAGCCUUCAGGGACCAAUCAGCCCUGGCCCAACACCAGAGAAUUCACACUGGGGAAAAACCUUACAUGUGUAACAUAUGUGAGAAGUCGUUCAGUGACCACUCUGCCCUCACCCAACAUAAGAGAAUCCACACGAGAGAAAAGCCUUACAAGUGUAAAAUCUGUGGGAAAGCCUUUAUCCGAAGCACACAUCUUACCCAACACCAGAGGAUUCACACGGGAGAGAAACCCUAUAAAUGUAAUAAAUGUGGGAAAGCUUUCAAUCAGACAGCAAACCUCAUUCAACAUCAGAGACAUCAUAUUGGGGAAAAGUGAUAUGUGACUGCAGCUUAUAUGGAAGAGCCUUGAUUGAGCAAAUUAAUUAUGACAGAACCCAUUCUAAAGAAUACCUAUGAUACUCAUCCUAUUUUCUGAGAGACAAGAUUCACAGCAUUGUAGUGUUUUUGUUUUUGUUUUUGUUUUUGUUUUUUGUACCAGCAAUCACUCAUGACCUCAUGCUUGCCAGGCAGGCACUGUGCUGCUGAGCUAUAUCCCCAGCCCAGCAACAUCGCAGUUUUUGAUAGCAUAAGAAUGGCCAGCACCUUAUUGUUUAGUUCUGCCUGCUUGAAUAGCAGUACUUUUCUUUACUAGUCUGAAUUACAAAGUAGCAGAACCAAAAUGGAGCUUCAUUAAUAAUAUAAAAAUUGAUUUAUAGAAUCUAUAAUUUAAGAGAAUUAUAAAUUGGUGAACAUUAAGGUUGAGAAGCCAAGGAAGAAAGGAGUAAGAACGUGGUCUGUAAGCGUUCCAUUCCUGUAGAUUCUCUCCCGUAGGAGCUGCCACGGUAAUAUCACCUCUGUUCUCUCCUCACCCACGCUCCUGACACCCAGGGUAAGGGGCAAACGGUCACCCAUGAGGCCUAGGGAUAAACUUACAUCGUGCUCCCCACUUCUACUUCAAACUUUGGUGAGACAUACCCUGUGUGUCCCCUGGCUUCUUACUCUGUCCCUCUGCUGGAAACAUGAUCCUCUUGCUGACUUGGCCACUCCUAACUCAACGCUGUGUCACUUGCCACCCCCACGCUUGGGAGUGUGAUCUGACCUCACACAGUGAGAAUCUGCUGAUCAGAAUCAGAAUUAAUUUCCAGCUUUUACAGUUUGGAUUCUCUACCUGGGGGGCAGUUUGAUCAACCUUCUUGAGUUACCAUUUCCUUUGGUCCUCAGCUCAAGUCUGGCCUUGGGAUGAUACCUGUGCAGGGCUUUCCUCCCCAGCUAUUCCUCUCCAGCUGUUUGCACUGUAGUUGUCCGCUCUGCACACCGCAGCUAGGCUUACACGGUGUGAUGUGUGUGUGUGAGAUGACACAAGCCUCCCAGAUGCAGUUGAUGUUCCCAGCCGCCUUGACUUCUGUGACACAUUUCCUGGUGUGCAAUCAACGUAAGAGAUGAGAGCCUGAGGCCACGUCUCAGAGCGCUGUGGCCCAUGUUGCCUUGGUUGGAGGAUCCCCGUGUCGACACAUUAGUGUGUCUGCUGCUCUGGAAUGGUCGGCUGCAGCUUCCUGUCCCUGCCCAGCUUCUGUCUAGGCUUCUAAAGGUCUUAAUGUUCACAGGAAACCAGGAAGGUUUGAAUUUCUUCUUUUCAUUUGAAAGUGGUCGCUUCCUGUCUUUUUGCUUGGUCAUUCUGACUGUGGUGAGAAACACACUGAGUCGUCCAUCGCACCAUCAACUUCUCUGGCAGGGGCAGUGUCCAAAUCCAAAAGUGGAGUGACAUACUAGUCCUACAAGUACAGUUCUCACCAUCGUAAUUCCCCAGUGUUUCUCGAGGAAAGCAGAGAACAGUAAUGCCUAUGCACCUCCACGCAUCGCAUCUGGCCACGCCUCCUUCACCCCUCAAGCUGGGAAGGAGCCGCUAUGCCGAGCACACAGUGAAGGAGGGGAGCAAGUUGCGCUAUGGGAAGCCACGCGGCAGCUUCCUGCUCUGCGGAAGAGCUAUCUGUCAAGCUGUGCGGUCUUCUGAUCCCUGUGAAAGGUGCCUCAGCUCCAAGUGAAGGAAGGGGCCACCGUGUGUCCUGUGGGACCCUAGCUUGCUCCAGAGACUCCAGCUUCCAGCCACUUCCAAGCCUGAGUUCUUGAGGUUCAGCUUCACUGACAAAGGCCAGCAUUGCGGGCAGCCCUUGCUGUCGGGCGUCCAGCACCAACCCCUCCUCUCUCCGCUGUGCAUCCCAACAGGGUGCUUGGUGCUGCCCUGCUGUGCGCCCUGCAGACUGCACAGGAACCUGGGAAGGCGCACUCCCCGCUGCUGUGGCACCAUCCCUGCGGUCCGCCGGGCCCUCGCCACCACGGCUUCCCUCGCCUUUACUCUGCAUGCCUGAGAAUCCCUGAGAAGUUCCUUUCUAGGCUGCGUUUGCUGCUCACUGUGUCUGCCAACAGCAGGAGAACCCCUGCCACUUGUCGUUUGCCUUCAGGUGGCUGAGGCCCGGUGCCGGCAUAGGAGCCUCCUUCCUGUCAGGGACAGCGCCAGGACCUGUCCCCCAGCGGUGGCCACGGUCUGAAGGCUUCCAUGGAGAACAAGGCUGCUCUCCAGAGCGCCUCCCUCAGACAUGGGUCUUCACGAAAUUAGACCUGUGGAGUCCUUGUUUGUGCGUCCUUGGUGGAGAGGCAAAAAUUUGCAUUUUGAGAACCCUGAGGCAAGAAGUUCUCAGCCUGGAUCUGUCUGCCAGCUGACCUGCUGGUAUUAGGUGAGAUUUUGGUGGCCCCCAAGAAGGCUUCUUCCUCCCCUGCCCACAGCCUGGGUAAUCCCAAGACGUGCAGAGAGUGCUGGGAAGAGCAGUUCAUUCCACACUUUGCUCGCCUGGUCUUACUGAUGAGCCACACGGAUUCCCUGAGCGUGGCCGGCACCACUUGGGCCCCUUCCUGGUUGCAGAGUUAGGAAGCUGGAAAUGUGCCGCCCUCCACGGCCUGCUGCCCACGGUGCACAGGAAGUCCUGGCACGACCAGGACCACCGCCGGCUCUGCUUGUGGCAGAGGGGUGCUGUGCCCACUGUGGCACCUGGCCCUGCCCUGCCUUUCCUAGCAGAGCUUUCCUUGCAUCCUGCAGGGCUGCCCACUAGUGCAGUUCCACCCUGUUAGGGGGGCCGAGACAGGACUCAUAUCUAGACGUUGGUACAUUCUUCAUGUGUGUAGACUCUCAACAGCCCCUGGAACUGCCUGGCGUGGGGCAGAAUAACAUGCUCCAUUUCCCCUUUAAGUUCCUCUGACCCUGUGUCUUGUCAGGGCUUGCUCAACUCCUGACCCAUCUUACAUCCGGGUUCUUUGUCUCUGCCUACCUUUGGCAGCAGCAGUGCCUAAGAUCUCCUCCACAUGCAGGGACUGCUCUUAAAAUAGCAGUUAAGCCCCGCAGCAGACUCAGGCGUCCAGGUGGUUGUGUCCUGCUGGGAAUGCCGUAUCCCUCCACUGAAUGAAUGCCUUUGGUAGGGGAACAGUCUAACACACCCAAACACUGACAAUAUCUGAGCCUCCAUGUCUGAGCCUCUCCCUGCUUCCUAGGCCCUUUGCACUUUGCCCUCCAUCCCAUCACCACCGAGCACUCAACUGGGUGCCUUGGAGACAGAGCUCUCCCGUGCGGGGGCAGGGUGCUCCACACCGUGGGCCACCUCAACGCCACGAAAUAUAUUUUGGUAAUAUUUUUACUUCUAAUAUUUUUAUACAAGUUUCUGAAGGAACAUUUGUGGCUUGGUUGUUUCUCGUCACUCCCGGAGCCCUCAGUCACGCUGAUGGUCCUUCUCAGCAGUCUGGUAGUACCGACGUAUUCCAAGCUCUGAGUCACCCUGUACGCCACAUGCCACUGUACUUUUUAAAGGGUUGCUGAUGCGUUAUUCAUUGGUGUGUUGAGGAAAAUAAAAUGAGAAAAGCA